GUGGACUGAUUGGCCAGACGGACAGGGAGUGGGGAAACUGCGUUUAGCAGGGUGGUCAACUAUCAUUUAAAAUUUAGCAAGCCACGUCAUGCGAGGGUCGAUGCUAUUCAGUGCACUGAUUGCACUAGCCAGUGCCGAACCAUCGCUGUAUUUUAAAGAGCAGUUUGAAGAUGAGGAUUCUUGGACUACCCGGUGGGUUGAAUCCAGCCAUAGGUCUGACUACGGGGAAUUUGUCCUGACACCUGGGAAAUUCUAUGGAGAUCCAGAGAAAGACAAAGGUCUCCAGACCAGCCAGGAUGCCCACUUCUACUCUUCUUCUGCUCGAUUUGAGCCCUUCAGCAACCAGGGCAAGACCCUGGUGAUCCAGUUCACUGUGAAGCACGAGCAGAACAUCGACUGUGGGGGAGGCUACAUCAAACUAUUCCCCGCUGACCUUGACCAGGCAGACAUGCAUGGAGACUCCAAAUACAACAUCAUGUUUGGUCCAGACAUCUGUGGCCCAGGCACCAAGAAAGUUCAUGUCAUUAUCAACUACAAGGGCAAGAAUCAUCUCAUCAACAAGGACGUCAGGUGCAAGGAUGAUGAGUACACUCAUCUGUACACUCUGAUCCUGAACCCUGACAACACGUACGAGGUGAAGAUUGACAACAAGAAAGUGGAGUCUGGAAGUCUGGAGGAGGACUGGGAUAUUCUGCCUCCUAAGAAGGUCAAGGACCCAGAGGCUGUGAAGCCAGACGACUGGGACGAGAGGGAGAGGGUGGAGGACCCCGAGGAUAAGAAACCAGAGGACUGGGAUAGGCCAGAGAACAUUGCUGACCCUGACGCUAAGAAGCCUGAGGAUUGGGACAAUGAGAUGGACGGUGAAUGGGAGCCACCCAUGGUCUCCAACCCUGACUAUAAGGGCGAAUGGAAACCCCGCAAGAUCGACAACCCUGACUACAAGGGCAAAUGGGUGCAUCCUGAGAUUGACAAUCCAGAAUACAGCGCAGACUCUGAAAUAUACAGAUUCGACAGCAUCGGCGUCAUUGGCCUGGACCUGUGGCAGGUCAAAUCUGGGACCAUCUUCGAUAACUUCCUGAUCACAGACGACGCUACGCUGGCAGAAGAGGUUGGCAAUGAGACCUGGGGUCAGACUAAGGAUCCAGAGAAAAAGAUGAAGGUGUCCCAGGAGGAACAGGAGAGGAAGAAACUAGAGGCGGAAGAGAUGGGGAGGAAAGAGCAGACAAAAGACGAGCCUGAAGACGAGGAGGAAGAAGAGAAGGAGGAAGAGUUAGAGGACCGUGAAGAAGAAGAAGAGACUGGCGCAGAGGAAGAAGAGGAGGAAACAGACUCUAUAAAGGAUGAACUUUAGAGGACUGACUUUCUCAUUGGGAUGAAUCUUCAGUUGAGCCUGGGGAAGGAUUAUGCAUAAUUUCGCUUUACCAUCCAGUCAGUCAGGCCUCAAAGUAAUGUUGAGAGAAGGGGCAGUUAUGAAGUCAUUUAGAUUUUACUGCAAAAUCUGUGACAUUUUUUAUUUUAUGUUUUUUAUUUAACUUAUUAGAUUUUGACUCACUGGUUUACCGCCUUAUUAAUUAAGGCAGUAAACCAGUGUGUCAAAACUAACCUAUUUCUUGUAAGUAUGCAUUUAAUUGUCUGUUGCUUCACAGAUGAAGUCUAAUUAAUUGAAGCUUGUGUGUUUUUGUUUUCUUAAUUCACAUUGAGUGAAUAUGUACUCCAUGUAAAUCCUACUCAACCUUGA